CAUCGGACAUGCUGAAGCCCGGAGACCCCGGCGGCUCGGCCUUCCUCAAAGUGGAUCCAGCCUAUCUACAACACUGGCAGCAACUCUUCCCGCACAGCGGCGGUGGCGGCCCGCUCAAGGGUGGCAGUGUCGCAGGCCCUUUGGGCACGCCGCAGCCCCUCCAGCCUCCUCCGCCGGCCGAGCGUGCCGAACCCCCUUCGGAAAGCCUGCGCCCGCGGCCCUCGUCGCUCUCGUCUGCUUCCUCCACCCCGGCCUCCUCCUCCACCUCGGUUUCCUCCGCCUCCUCCUGUGCCGCCGCUGCCGCGCUGGCGGGUCUCUCAGCCCUGCCUGUGGCGCAGCUGCCGGUGUUCGCGCCUCUGGCCGCCGCUGCUGUUGCUGCAGAGCCACUGCCUCCUAAGGACCUGUGCCUCGGUGUCACCUCGGGCCCAGGACCCACCAAAUGCGGUGGCGGCGGUGGGGAUGGUCGGGGCGCCUUGCGCUUUCGCUGCAGCGCGGAGGAGCUGGACUAUUACCUGUACGGCCAGCAGCGCAUGGAGAUCAUCCCGCUCAACCAGCACACCAGCGACCCCAACAACCGCUGCGACAUGUGCGCGGACAACCGCAACGGCGAGUGCCCCAUGCACGGGCCUCUGCACUCACUUCGCCGGCUAGUGGGCACCAGCAGCGCUGCGGCUGCCGCGCCCCCGCCCGAGUUGCCGGAGUGGCUGCGGGACCUGCCGAGGGAGGUGUGCCUGUGCACUAGCACGGUGCCUGGCCUGGCCUACGGCAUCUGUGCGGCCCAGAGGAUCCAGCAGGGCACCUGGAUUGGGCCCUUUCAGGGCGUGCUCCUGCCCCCGGAGAAGGUGCAGGCGGGCGCCGUGAGGAACACGCAGCAUCUUUGGGAGAUAUAUGACCAAGAUGGGACACUACAGCACUUUAUUGAUGGUGGGGAACCUAGUAAGUCGAGCUGGAUGAGGUAUAUCCGAUGUGCAAGGCACUGUGGAGAACAGAAUCUAACAGUAGUUCAGUACAGGUCGAAUAUAUUCUACCGAGCCUGUAUAGAUAUUCCCAGGGGUACCGAGCUUCUGGUGUGGUACAAUGACAGCUAUACGUCUUUCUUUGGGAUCCCUUUACAAUGCAUUGCCCAGGAUGAAAACUUAAAUGUCCCUUCAACGGUAAUGGAAGCCAUGUGCAGACAAGACGCCCUGCAGCCCUACAACAAGAGCAGCAAACUCUCCCCAUCCACCCAGCAGCGCUCCAUCGUUUUCCCACAGACUCAGUGCAGCAGGAACUUCUCUCUCCUGGAUAAAUCUGGGCCCAUCGAAUCAGGAUUUAACCAGAUCAACGUGAAAAACCAGCGAGUUCUGGCAAGCCCGACAUCCACAAGCCAGCUCCACUCAGAGUUCAGUGACUGGCAUCUUUGGAAAUGCGGCCAGUGCUUUAAGACUUUUACACAGCGGAUCCUUUUACAGAUGCACGUGUGCACACAGAACCCUGACAGACCCUACCAAUGCGGUCACUGCUCCCAGUCCUUUUCCCAGCCUUCAGAACUGAGGAACCACGUGGUCACACACUCCAGUGACCGGCCUUUCAAGUGUGGCUACUGUGGUCGUGCCUUUGCUGGGGCCACUACCCUCAACAACCACAUCCGAACCCACACUGGAGAAAAGCCCUUCAAGUGCGAGAGGUGUGAGAGGAGCUUCACGCAGGCCACCCAGCUGAGCCGACACCAGCGGAUGCCCAAUGAGUGCAAGCCAAUAACCGAGAGCCCAGAAUCAAUCGAAGUGGAUUAACUGAUUGACUGGUUGGAAUUAAACUGCAAGGAAAGUCAUGAUUAAAUGUCACGGACACUUAAGCAAAACCAAAGAUUUCCUCUGAGCAACUUUCAAUCAGUCCCAGAAAACCAAAAGCAGUAAUAAAAUAAGUAAGAUGUUAAGAGAUAUUGAUCCUGGCGUGGAAGUCAAACCAGGAAAGAGAUUAUUUAUUUAUGACUAGGGAUGAAACUUAUUUCAAUAGACAACUAACCUGGAAUGGCUAACAUUUCCAGCCUCACCAUGUAUUUGCUUUGUUUCUAAAAAGCUUUUUUUAAAACUGUUAUUUAAUACCAAAGGGAGGAAUCGUGUGGGUUCCUCUGCCUACAAUUGUGACUAAAAAUGCACAGGGACUUGUUUCUCGUUGCACCUUUUUUAGUAGCAUGAUCAAGGGGACCCACUGUACAGCCCUUCUUCCUGCUGUUUCGGUUUGGCCUGGCCUGAGGCCCAGAGGGGACCAUGGAAGCAGAAGUGGGAGCCUUUGCUACGUCAGUGUCAUCUUCAGCCCAAGAGGCCUUCCAUUUCUGUGCUCUCCAGGCGCACUGUUCAUUCACUUUCAUUCAUCGGCCUGGUCUUGAUGCAGGAACGCCUGGAAAAGAAAGAGAAUGGUUUCAAUUCCAAAAUCCAAGGGGGAAAAAAAUGGAGGACUUACUUUAUCGUGUCAGGAUUUCAAAAACAUUUAAAAUGUAUGGAGCUUCAUAUUGCAGUAUAUUGUUCCGAAGCAGCUAGUUGAGAAAAUUUUGUUUCCGUAACGUUUUAGAUUAAAAAAAAUGAAAAUAAAGUUCUUCGGUAUGAAGCUG